CACCCAGUAAGACGGCUGAGGAAGUGGCGACACGGCGGCGCCUGAUCGGAGAAACUCCAGGAGGACUAAGAGAAUAGCUUCUUCGCUUGUUCGUUGAACAGGAAGCGAAGAUGUCGGAACGGAAAGUUUUAAACAAAUACUAUCCACCUGACUUUGACCCAUCGAAGAUCCCGAAACUCAAGCUCCCCAAGGACCGGCAGUAUGUGGUGCGGCUGAUGGCCCCAUUCAAUAUGAGAUGUAAGACAUGUGGAGAAUACAUCUACAAGGGGAAGAAGUUCAAUGCACGAAAGGAAACAGUCCAGAAUGAGGCAUACUUGGGCCUGCCAAUCUUCCGAUUCUACAUCAAGUGCACUCGCUGCUUGGCGGAGAUCACUUUCAAGACAGACCCAGAGAACACAGACUACACCAUGGAGCAUGGAGCCACACGCAACUUCCAGGCCGAGAAACUUCUAGAGGAGGAAGAGAAGCGUGUGCAGAAGGAACGAGAGGAUGAGGAACUGAACAACCCCAUGAAGGUCCUAGAGAACCGUACAAAGGACUCUAAGCUGGAGAUGGAAGUGCUGGAAAACCUGCAAGAGCUAAAAGACCUGAACCAGCGGCAGGCGCAUGUGGACUUCGAGGCCAUGCUGCUGCAGCACCGCCUGUCUCAAGAGCAGUGGCAACGGCAUCAGGAGGAAGAGGAUGAGCGUGAGACCGCGGCCUUGCUGGAGGAGGCUCGCCAUCGAAGGCUUCUGGAGGACUCCGACUCAGAGGAUGAGGCUCCACCUUCCCGACCACAGGCAGCUACAAGACCCAACUGCACAGCCAUCCUCAAUGAGGUACCAAAGACCAAGAGGAGGGCAGAGGCCCUGUGCAGCAAAGCACAGUUGGCAGGCUUAGUUGUACCAAAGAAGGUAAAGACGGAAGCCAAUGGGUGCUCGGAGCAGGUCCUGGUGCCCACCACCACUGGUGCCCCUGAGAGCAGGAAGGCGGCCAACCGUACACCCCAGACAUCUGGCACCUCCUCCCUGAGCCAGCUGGGUGCAUAUGGGGACAGCGAGGACAGUGACAGCUAAGCAUCAGUGGUGCCCACCGUGGCACCACAGACCCAAGAAAUGUGAUGGGAUCAAGCAAACACCUUCAGCCAAGGCCUCAGGACCACUUCUGCCGUGGGUCCGGCAGGGCGUGGAGAAGCCAUGUCCCCAGGCACCCAGCACCCAGCACCCACCACCCACAGCCCGCUCCACUCCUUCAGUCCUUGAGUUAUGUGGGGCCUGUCGGCCGAUCCCUUCUGGCCACAGAUCUGAACACUGUCUGACAUGGGACAGGGACCAGGGGCCCUGGGUGCCAGCUCCCAAGCAUACACAAGGUGCAACACAGAAGUACUGUGAAAAGCAAGAAGAAAGAAUGGAAAACCAACUGAAAAACAGAGCAUGUGGAGAGAACCUGCCUGCUGCAGGGCACUACCCAGAGCUUAAUACCUAGGGUUUCUGCCACACGCCCUGGGCCAGGCCCCUCAGCAUAUGUCCUUCAUUCAGAAUUUGGGAUUAGAUCAGUCUGUUCUGAUACGAUGAUAAGAAAAUAAUAUUGAGGCUGAAUCUGUUAUGUAGAACAAAGUGAUCCAGGCAGAGUGUGGCUGUGGAGAAGCUGACUUACUUAGCCAUGCUCUCUACCUCACCAGUGCUGGGAUCAAAGACCAAACCACUAACCUGAUCUUAAAUGUGAAA